GUUUGUGUGGAGCAAUAAGAGGGAGUGGCUUUUUUUUCUUACAAAGAGAGAAGAUAAGCCAAGUUAGCCUUGUAAAGAGGAGCAGGAGUCACAAUCCUGAACAGGCAGUCAUUCACUUUCACUCUGCUGGGCUCUCAGACAGCUCAGUUGUGCACAUUUCCAAUUCCUCUCUCCCUCUACGCUCCAACAGUCUGAGGCCAGACUUUGCAAGGAAGCAACUUCCAGCACAAAAAGUAAGACAGCCCAGGCAAAAACUUCUUUAACACAGAGCCAUGAAGGACAAAAUAAAGAGAGGAGGAGGAGGAGGAAGAAAUCCAGUCAAGACUGAUGUUAUCAGCAUGAAUGGUGCCAAUGAAGCUGUUGGUAUUAAGGGAGAUGAGGACACAUCAUUCCCUGUAAAGAUCCAGGGAGCAGGGUUAGAGCCAUUUGAACUGAAGGUUCAUGGAUUUUGGCUUGUUCAAGAUGCAAUAAUGACUCUGCUUUCGAGGAAUGAGGUGCGUCCACGCUCUAGCCUGUCCUUGUCACUAGCUGGUACAACUCUGGAUCCCCUUGCUGAACUGCAAAGCCUCAAGGGAGUUAAAGCAGGAGCCAUCAUUCGCCUGGUGGAAGAGCCUUACACCUCCCACUCGGCCAGAAUCCAUCUGGCUCGCAUUGUGGAGCUGCUGAGAGCAUCUGGGCCCCAGGAUGCACUGAGAGAAGGACGUUCACCAAGUGUAUUGGAGACACUCACACAUGGACAAAGUCCAGCAGACUCAACCUUUCCAAAUGGGAAGAGCCUGAAGCGGUCUACAAGCAACACAAAAGCAGAAUCCCCCUGCCAGGAUGGAGCUCCACCUGAGUACCUUCUUCCUGGUUCUUCAGAGCGACCACUCAUGCCCCUGCUGCCACACAGCUCCCAGCCAGUGGCCCCCAGUUACCUGAGGGACUUAUCUCUCAGCUUUUGGAACCCACCUCCAGGACACAGGAAGAUGCAGGGAGACUUCAUGUACAUCACAGUGUUGACAAUGGAGGGCCGACGAUAUGACAUCACAUCCUGCCCUAAAGGUUUCUUCCUCAAUAGGUCUACAGAAGAUGCUUUUGAUCCUCGUCCUGCACAGUCUUCCCCAGUUUGUCACUGUUUUACUGACCUGCUCUGUCACAUCAGCCCUGCUUUCAAACAAGCCUUUACUACACUCAAAAACAGACCUCAGCAACCACCAUUAGAGGUGAUGCCCACUCAUUACCAUACCCCAAGCUGGCUCGGACCUCCCUGUGCCUCUCGUACUCACAAGAACAACUUCUGUCGACUUGGAGUGGAUGAACAGGCAGCAACGCAGGUUCCAGACUGGAAUGAGGAGUUACAAGCAGCCAGAGAUCUUCCACAGGGAAGUCUGGAGGAGCGACUGCAGAGAGACAGAACACUGCUACAGGUGAACAGCGCAUUUGUAAGGACUGUCAUGCAGGGGGCAGAGACAGUUGUAGAUGGAUUUGUUGAACCAGUAAAUGGAAACCCAGAGGACCCAGCUUUCCUUUGGAGUGGCCUGUUCAUGAGCCAGGGGGCUAUGAGAGCAGUGUUUGGUGGUGAAAGAGGUCGCAGGGCUGCUCAGAGGCUGGAGCUUAAAUGUGUGCAAGCUUACAGUGAUUUAGAGGGCUUGCAGGAGCUGCACACUCUGCCUACAGCCAUUGUAGAUUACAGGGGAGUGCGCCUGUCAGCCCAGGGUCUGGCCCCUGGCUUGGAAAGCUCAGAGCAGGACCAGGAAGCUACUCCUGCCUCAAGGGGUUUGCUUUAUGGGGUGAAUGCAGGACACCAAGAGUCCUCCCAUCGCAGACAGUUGCUGGCACUCUUGGCUCAUGCAGCCAAAUCGCUUUCUCUCCAGAGACAUGUUGUUGUGGCACCCAAUGGUCACCAUGUACCACUGUUCACUUCCAUGGAUGCUCAGGGGCUUCUGGGGGCUGAUGGGAGAUUUUACUUACUGGAUGUGUUCAGGAGCUUCCCGGCCGAUGCCAAUUUCUGUCCGCCGGUGGAAAAAACAGAAAGUCGGACAGACACUGGUGAUGACGAAAGUAGCAGAAGCUGCAAUGAGGAUGAGGAGAAGAAGGGUAGUGAGACAGAUGGCUGGCCAGAGAACUAUCAUGCAACCUCUGGGCUUCCAAAGAGUUUUCCACAUGGCCUCUGUCGGCUGAGACCAGAGCUGGUGCAGGCUUUUGUCCAACACAAACAUUGCCAGUUCACUCAGUGUGUCAGAGAGAAGUUGGACAAAAAUGGAGGCUUUGAAGAAUGUGCAACAGCUUCUGAUUCUCGAUCCACUGAUGUAGUGCGAGCUGCAUGUAGAGACGUGGGCUCAGUUAGUGACAUCAUCUUUGAGAUGCGCUUUAACCCAAAUGUUUUCUCCCCAGGAGUAUCUUUUCCUCCUGGUGAAAGUACAUCAACAAAACUGCAAGAGAGGUUACUGAGGGAAGCUGCAGCUUUCAUCAUCACUCACCAGAUACCAGACUUUGUGAAGGGUUGUCUUCAAACCAAUGAGGCACCCAUGGAUGGAGCCUCUCUAAAACAGGCACUGCAUCAGAAAGGAAUUAACCUCCGGUACUUGGGACAUGUGUUCAAGGCCAUUACCAAGUCAGAACACAAGGAGCACUUGAGGCACAUAAAAAGAUCAGUCAUAGGAGAAAUUUUCAUCCGGUCAGCCAAAAGAGUGUUCAAUAGUUUCCUCCAGGGUGUGGAUGUCCCUUGUCUCUCUGCCGCUGUUAGUCACUUCCUCAGUUGCCUAUUGGUUCCCCACUUCACUCCCAUUCCAGUUGGGGAGGAUACUAAGAAAAAGUCAAGGCGACGCGGUCGCGGGGCGGGGGCCUCUGAGAACACACCCUGGAGCAUGCUCACAGGGACUGAGCUGUGGAAUCUGGUCUGCCAGGAUGCUAUUGAAACUUAUGACAUCUCUGACAGUCUCGGCUCUGGUCCCAACCACCUGGUGGAACACUAUGGCCUUCAGAAACUCUCACUGCUCAGAGAGUUCUGUUUGAAGACCGGAGUACAGUUGAGACUGAGAGACUACUUCCUCGACAACCAAAACAAAGCUCCCAUCAGUUCGGACGACAUCCUUAACAUCUUCCCUGUUGUUAAGCACAUUGACAUGCCAACUGUGGAUGCUUCAAAAGCAUAUCAAGCUGCACAGAACUCUAUUCAGAAGGGUCUGCUGGAUCAGGCCCAUGAGCACCUGAAGGAAGCAGUUUACCUCUUCGGUAGAGUGUGUGAUGACCUGCAUCCUGAGGCCUGUUAUUGCCACAGCCUGUUGGCAAAGGUGGCCUUCCUGCAGGGGAAGUCAGCUGAGGCUCGCAGCAUCCAGCUGAAAGCAGUGGUCAUCAGUGAGAGGGUGCUUGGCUUUGACCAUCCCGACACUAUUCAGCAAUACGCUCUCUUGGGUGUCUAUACGUAUGCUGGAGGGGAGAUAGCUUUGGCUCAGAAGUGUUUUCUCAGAGCUCGUCUGCUAAUGCUCACAGUCCACGGAGAAGAUCACCCAUUCACCGCGACACUGGAUAGCUGUUUGGGCCUGGUGCUGGCAGAAGAUCAGACAGGGCAGUUUCUAAAGAACGCCCUAAGACUUAACACUUCCUUCUUUGGCCCCACAGACCUGCAUACAGCUCUCAGUCAGCACCUGUUGGCCCAGUGGAUGUGCAGCAAGGGUGACUACAGAAGUGCUAUGACACAUGAGAAAGAGGCCCUCACUGCCUUCACUUCACUGUUUGGGGAGGAUCACCCACAGACAAACUGCAGCAAAGAGUUCUUGUCCACAGUAACCAAGCAGGCAGUGAAGGUGGAGCGCACUCUCAGACAGGCAGGAGCUGACAGCAACGAGCAAACUGUUGAGUGUCUGAACCCAACAUCUGACACCAUUCUGGAGCAGAUGGUUCUGGUUACAGGGAUCAGACGUCUUGCACAAAGUGACAGGUUCCAGGAAUAUAAACAGAAACACCUGGAACGAAAGGCCGCAGCAAGAAAGGAGCUGGGACUCAAACUACCUACAGAGCUCACCACUUCAGACUUUGUUAAUGGGGAAGAGAAAAGUUCUGAUAAUGCAACAGGAUGCGGGAAGGAAACUGAGGAUGGAGGAAACAAAGCAGUGGAGAGCAACAAUGUGAGCCAACAGGAGCAGCCAGUAGAAGGCACGUCUGUGGCCAGUGCUGCAAAAGCUUCAGCUAAUGGUCAUGUGGUGGAACCUGCUGAGCAAAGCAAACAUGAGGGAGAAACUGAUGUAGACAGCGACAGAGCAGCUUCAGAUGUUACAGUGAAGACAGCAAAUGAAGAUGAUGAGAUGAUAUCAGGCUCAGAAGAGAAAAAUGGUGAAAUAAAUGGCGAAGCAGACAUUAUUGCCAGCCCAUUAGCCCUUAAAAGUAAACUAACCUGGGCAGAUAUUGUCACUUCAAAACCAACCAUAGCCAAUGAGAAAGAAAGCAAAGCAGUAAAUGGAGUAGAUAAUGUUGCUGCCAAUGGGGCUGAUAAAUAGUGACAACAGAAGUGAUUGUGGACAAGUUUUCAAAAGUCAGUGUUGUAUGAUAAAAUUCUCCCAGGGUCAUACAUAGAUGUAAUGUGAUCCAAAGUAAAGAAAGACUGAAUAAAAAAAAGAGGAUGAGGAUAACUUUAUGCCAGAUCUGACAGAUGCUGUGAAGACCUAUUGUGUUGAGCCUAGUUUUUUUUUCCCCUUAACAACAAAUUUAUUACCUUUAUUGUAUUUCCCCUUCUUUUUAACUGCAACUUUGUAGUUGCCACUUACUUAGGGAACAAUAAAUAAGCAUAUAAGCAAGAUGUGUAAGAUUUUGAAUCUAUGUAGUCAAAAUUUAGAUUUAAUAAAACUGCCAGUCACAAAACAUGAAAUAAAAAAACAAAGUCACAUUUCUGUCAAAUAAAAUUAAUUUUCAGGUGUAUGACAUCAUCAGCAGUCACUUGUAAAAGAACAGCUAGAUAAUAUUUGAUUGUAGGGGCUGAUUUUACCCAAACAGAAACCAGAACUGUUUUAUUAAGAUUUCCACCAGCAUGUUAACAUCUGUACCAGAGGAACAAAUACCUCGGACAUUCCUGGAAGCUGCAGAGCCUUCCCACAUCCCCAUUUUGGCCUGUCGGAUCACAUCGUUGUUCAAACUGUGUUGUAUUAAUGGCUAAUGUCAUGAUGUCAUGUUUUGUUCUGUUUGGAUAAAAUAUCUCUGGUGUUAAGAUGUUUAAGUUCAAUCUGAAAGGUGUUAACACAAGAAUCAUCAUAAAAUGUAACAAUGAAGUUGUGGCCAGAAGAGCUGCUGAACAGGAAUGUAAAGAAACUCAAAGGAGACUUCUUUUUUUUCCUUUUUAACAAAACACACCAAGGUUUGUCACAUAUUCCAGCCUUUUAAGUGAAAAAGAAGCCGGAAUCUAUUUGUCAUACUGUAUUAAAAUAUUAUGCAUUUGGAAAACAAUCAUUUAGAAUGUUUUGAAAGGUAUGUCUUGUGCUAAACAAUACACUGUGUGAGGAACAUCUUAUAUAAAUGUGUUUUUAAUAAUCAGCCACUGUCAAAAGUGCCACCACAACUUUGACCUGUGGUUGGGUCUUAGCCCCAGGGCCUUUAACCCAUCUGUCCUUGCUAAGCAGGUAUUCAGCCUAGAUAACAUAAAUGGUGUUUUCUGAUAAGGAAGCCAUUUAUAAAAGUCUGCACCUCUCUUGGGACAGUCAUGGAAGUCCCCCAAAAUUUCCCAUUUGUUAAAGAUGUGUUUGUGUUCAAAUUAAACAUUAUGAUCUUUGUGUGUA